AUGCCGAUUCCACUUCGCGCUGCAGUUACCACAGCCACCACACUAGGCCUUUCUGGUGUGGGCUACAUCGUCUACAAACAACAGCAAGACCUGUUUGAACAGAAACAGCAAGAACUACUCAAAAAAGAACAAGUCCAGGCUCCUGUAAUCGACCAUUAUGCAAACAGAGACACUCGUCCUUACACCCUCUUGUCUCCCGAGACCAUCAACGAACGUCUCAGGGCCGACCAGUUUGUCACCCGCACCCCACUAGACCGCGUCAAGGCAGUAUACACCAGUCAAGUCGCCUCAAACAACCCUGUCGAAGACAACUAUAGUGUUAACUUGGUUGGAACCCAGGGUUUGAUUGCUGGUGUUUAUGAUGGCCAUAUUGGUCCUGACUGCUCAAGAAUGAUAAAAACACAGUUGCCAAAGUACGUCGCCCGUCAACUAGACUCAGACAAACCAGAAACCCCAGAGGCCGUAGAAUCAACUCUCUCGAAGGCCUUUGUCACCCUUGACGACGACAUCCAACAACGCUUUUAUGCCUUAUUCCCAAAGAACGUCAACCGCUCAAAUGAAAAGGACAUUCGAGACGCAGUCAGUCGUCACCCUAACCCCGCCGCCGCUGAAUUGUACAUUCGUGAAGCAAUCACUGGCUCAUGUGCAUGUGCUGUUUAUUUGGAUGGAGAUGAUCUCUAUGCUGCAAAUACCGGUGAUUCUCGUGUCGUAGUCGUUAGACAGGAAAAAGAUGGAUCUUGGACUGGGCGUAGAAUAGUCGAGGAACAAUCGCCUGCUCAUCCAGACUGGAAGGCAUACAUGAUAUCUCAGCACCCUGCUAAUGAGGCUGAAGAUAUUGUUAAGAGAAAGCGCAUCUUUGGUCUGAUUGCUGUUGGAGGAUCAUUUGGUGAUAUUAUGUACAAGGUUCCUGUUCCUUAUCAAAUGAAGGUCUUACCAUUCAUUCCAUACGAUAUUUAUCACACAUUUGCCCGUUAUCAUCAUCGUAUUGUCGUGCAUUACCAUACUCCUCCUUACCUGUCCUCCAAACCACUCGUGACGCACCACAAGCUCACUCCUGAAGACAAGUACAUCAUCCUGGGUACCGAUGGCCUGUGGGAUGAACUCAGCUGGGAUAAUGUCCGUAGCUCGGAUGGAGACCAGGUCGCGGCAGAGCUCAUAUCCACAAAGGGACCUGACGCCAAUCCUGCAACACACAUGAUCAGACAGGCACUCUUGUUCGAUGCAGUUUACAAGAACGUGCACAUCAAAGCACCGGUCUCGAACCCAACCCUUGAACUCUCCAAACGCCUGACCCGUAAACCUUCUCGCAAUUACCGCGAUGACAUUACUGUCACCGUAAUCCAGCUGCAACCCCCGUCUCAGUCAGAUAGUAGUAGUAGUAUUAAUGUAGAGGAUCCAAGUUACGAUCCAGCCGUAGGUAGAUUAGAAGAGUGCAAGCCAGUUGAUACAAGUGAUGGUCGUAUAUUUACUCCAAAACCAACAUCCUGGUUUUCUGGUUGGAUAUGGGCCCGUCUUUAAUGGACAAACAAUAUAUAUAUGUAUGUAUGUAUGUAGAGAGUUUUCUCGCUGUAGCCCAGUAAACUAUGUAUUGGGAAUAUAUAUAUAUAUAUAUAUAUAUUGAAAAUUAGUAUAAAAAAUAAAUAGAUAUGUGAAGUAC